CCAGCCCAGCCGCGUCUCGCGAUCCCGGCCGCGGCCGCCCGCCGCGGGGCUCUAAGAUGGCGGCGGCCGCCACGGCCGGCGGGCAGGCAAUAGAAAACCAGCUGAAGAUCUGUGGCUAUAAGAGCAAUGUGGAUGUCGUAGCACUGUAUCUGGCUAGACAAGGACUAAGAAAUAUCCCAAGUCUAUCACAGUUUCGCAGAUUAAAGUAUUUGUGGAUCAACAACAAUAAGAUCCAAGAUUUAACCUUCUUGAUCAAAAACUAUUACUUGACUGAACUCUAUCUCAACAAUAAUGAGCUGACAGAUAUAUCAGGUGCUCUGAAACACUUAUGUUCAUUACAGAUUCUGUUUCUUCACAACAACGAGUUAAAAAAACUUGGCAAAACAGUGAAGGAAUUGAAAGGAAUGAUAAGCUUGCAGACUCUAAACCUAUUCCAAAACCCUCUGGCAUAUGAUCCAGACUACCGGCUCUAUGUGAUAUACUUCCUUCCUUCAGUUCAGCUCCUUGACAGGAAGUUAGUUACACAAAGAGAAAGGGAGUCAGCGCUUCAUCUUUAUAACCCUAAAAGGACUUGGGUCAUGCAGUCAAUAGCUUUUGGGAGGAGACUGGAUGCAUCCCUGGAGACUAUGGUGGAAUCUAGCAGAUGCACUCAACCAGCCAGAGGUCCAAUAAUGCCCUCAGGUCAUGAAUUUGGAAAUAACACAAAUAAAGUACCAUUUGAGGACCCUGAAGAUGCAGUUUUAGUACGGGCAACAACAAGAUCUUUAAUGGAAUUUUCCUCUGUGGACUGGAACAAAGUAGCCACCUGUCAAGAAAGACGGCUUAAAAACAAAGCAGAAGAGCCCCUUGAGAAGCUGACAGUCCAGUUUAGAUGAGAAAACCACAAUUUCUCUCUCUAAUGUUAAGCCAUAAGUAGGUUAACAGCUCAGUAAAACAAGUACACAACAACACACAUCUAAUUAAGUGAAUUUCCAGAAAAAUAAGUUAGUGUAACAUUUACCAUAUGUAGCAUAGAGAGUGAAGAAAUUAAGAUAACAAACAAUAAAUAGCGGCAGUGUUAUAAUAAAAGUUGCUUGAAAUGCAAUUCUUACCAUAAUUUUGUUAUCCAAAAGUACUAAACUGCACACUAAUUUUUAGGAAACUAAGGAUAAAUACUUUUAUUUCUUAUAAUACACUUCCUCAUAUAUUUCUCCUUCCAUUCUGUCGAUGCUUAAAGUCAAUGAUGCUUUCUAAACAUAACCUUCUUUCAGGUUGUAGCUUGUCUUCUGAGUUCCUUUCUUCUCUCCUAAGUUAGCAUGGAGCCACAGGACAGUCUAUGCUGGCAGGGAUCUCUGGAGCUUAUCUAGCCCAGCCUUCCUGUUGGAAGCAGGUCGGAGAUGAGGUUGUCUGGUGGCCUG